GUAUCGAUUUAUAACUUGUUUUGACAGCCAUUUUGAUGUAGUAUCGGACGAUUCUUCAUUUCUAUUGCAUGUAUCAAAACAAAAUCUUAGCGUGAUAGAUCAGAGAAGGAAGGGAUUGCAUCAUGUCGGCGAACUCACUUGCAAAAACGAUGGCGAAAUCGGAACAACAAGAGAUCGAUUUAAAAGCAAUGAAGACUUGUCAACUCCGAGCAGGACGGAAUGGCCUUUUAGCGAUAGUAAUUGGUGGUGCUGUUGCUUUUGUCGGCCUAAGGCUUGCUCCUGGAGGACUUGUCAAAACGAUGCAUGUUCCAGUAAUCUCUUUAGGAUGUGCAGCAUUGAGCGGAUGGAUUGUCUCUGUGGCUACAACCAAACACUGUAACUUGGAGAAAAAAUCAGUUUCCCCCUCCAUCCCUGAAGGAAUUUCAGUCAAUACCACAAUUGCAGAUACACCCAAUCUGUCAGUUAGAUCUAAGUUUGGAGAUGAAGGUUUCUUCCAGGAGGAAAAGAGAUGAAAAAAAUUCAAUCUUGAAAUGAAAUAAGAAGACAGACAACUAUUAUUUGGUAAAUAACUAAAGUGAGACUUACAGACAUAGCUAGAUUAAUGAACAAUCAGAAUUGGAUGCUAGUACCACUAUAAAAAAAUGUAAUCUUUUUGUAAAUAAAUUAAUAAGAAAUG